AGAUGAAACGUGUCAGUUCUAGUGUGUUAAUCUUGGUCCUCUGUAUUGGACCCAUCACAUGUCAAACAAAAACUACUUGGUUACCAUGGACAACACCUUUCUCCUUGACUACACUAGCACCAUCAACACCAGGAUUACCCAGUACAACCAUGACUUCAAUAGUAGAUAAAAAUCAGAAAGAAACUACUUUGAUACCAUGGACAACACAAGCUAAUACAAAAGCACCUUCGACACCAGGAGUAUCCAGCACAGCCAAGACGUCAAUAGCAGGUAAAAAUCAGAAAGAAACUACUUGGAUGCCAUGGACAACACAAGCUAGUACAAAAGCACCUUCGACACCAGGAUUAUCCAGUACAGCCAAGACUUCAAUAGCAGAUAAAAAUCAGAAAGAAACUACUUGGAUGCCAUGGACAACACAAGCUAGUACAAAAGUACCUUCAACACCAGGAUUAUCCAGUACAGCCAAGACUUCAAUAGCAGAUAAAAAUCAGAAAGAAACUACUUUGAUACCAUGGACAACACAAGUUAGUACAAAAGCACCUUCAACACCAGGAUUAUCCAGUACAGCCAAGACUUCAAUAGCAGGUAAAAAUCAGAAAGAAACUACUUUGAUACCAUGGACAACACAAGUUAGUACAAAAGCACCUUCAACACCAGGAUUAUCCAGUACAGCCAAGACUUCAAUAGCAGGUAAAAAUCAGAAAGAAACUACUUGGAUGCCAUGGACAACACAAGCUAAUACAAAAGUACCUCCAACACCAGGAUUGCCCAGCUCUGUCAAGCCUCCAACAAUAGUUCAGACCAGUACAGAUGGUAAGCAUAUUACAAGAGCACCAAUUAGGAAAAAGGGUGAUGAAAUUGUGUCUAGUACAAUGGUUUCCUCAACAAAAUAUCUUUCAACAACAUAUGAAAAAGGUCCACCUAGUACAAAAGUACCUACAAUAAUACCACCUAGUACAAUGGUACCUUCAACUGAAAGCUCAUUCACCACAAUAAUAAGAGAAGGUUUCACAACACCAGUCAAUGGACAAUCUAGUACAGUGGUCCCUACAAGAGCAAGUCAAUCAAGCUCAUUCGCCACAAUAAUAAGAGAAGGUUUCACAACACCAGUCAGUGGACAACCUAGUACAGUGGUCCCUACAAGAGCAAGUCAGGCAAGCUCAUUUGCCACAAUAAUAAGAGAAGUCAGUGGACAACCUAGUACAGUGGUCCCUACAAGAGCAAGUCAGGCAAGCUCAUUCGCCACAAUAAAAAGAGAAGGUUUCACGACACCAGUCAGUGGACAACCUAGUACAGUGGUCCCUACAAGAGCAAGUCAGGCAAGCUCAUUCGCCACAAUAAUAAGAGAAGGUUUCACAACACCAGUAAGUGGACAACCUAGUACAGUGGUCCCUACAAGAGCAAGUCAGGCAAGCUCAUUCACCACAAUAAAAAGAGAAGGUUUCACGACACCAGUCAGUGGACAACCUAGUACAGUGGUCCCUACAAGAGCAAGUCAGGCAAGCUCAUUCGCCACAAUAAUAAGAGAAGGUUUCACAACACCAGUCAGUGGACAACCUAAUUUUGACACAGAUGCCACUUCUGUUUAUGAAAAAACAACACCAGGUCAACAAACCUUAACUUCAUCUGAGCCAAGUACAACAGUUCCUUUAACACCCCCUUGGCCCAGUACAAUAGGGCCUUCAACACCUGCACCAAGUACAAUAGUUUCUUCAACAUCUGAGCCCAGUACAAUAGUGCCUUCAACACCUGCACCAAGUACUUUUGUUCCUUCAACACCUGCAACAAGUACAAUAGUUCCUUCAACAAAUGAACCAAGUACAAUUCAGCCUUCAAGUCCCCCUCAACCAAGUACAAUAGUGCCUUCAACUCCCCCUCAACCAAGUACAAUAGUGCCUUCAAGUCCCCCUUUACCAAGUACAAUAGUGCCUUCAACUCCCCCUCAACCAAGUUCAAUAUUGCCUUCAACUCCCCCUCAACCAAGUACGAUAUUGCCUUCAACUCCCCCUCAACCAAGUACCAAAGGUCCUUCAACUCCCCCUCAACCAAGUACAAUAGUGCCUACAACUCUCCCUCAACCAAGCACCAAAGUACCUUCAACUCCCCCUCAACCAAGUACAAUAGUGCCUACAACUCCCCCUCAACCAAGUACCAAAGUGCCUUCAACUCCCCCUCAACCAAGUACAAUAGUGCCUACAACUCCCCCUCAACCAAGCACCAAAGUGCCUUCAGCUCCCCCUCAACUAAGUACAAAAGUGCCUACAACUCCCCCUCAACCAAGUACCAAAGUGCCUUCAACUCCCCCUCAACCAAGUACAAUAGUGCCUUCAACUCCCCCUCAACCAAGUACCAAAGUGCCUUUAACUCCACCUAAACCAAGUACAAUGAUGCCUUCAACUCCCCCUUUACCAAGUACAAUAGUGCCUUCAACUCCUCCUCAACCAAGUACGAUAUUGCCUUCAACUCCCCCUCAACCAAGUACCAAAAUGCCUUCAACUCCCCCUCAACCAAGCACCAAAGUGCCUUCAACUCCCCCUCAACCAAGUACAAUAGUACCUACAACUCCCCCUCAACCAAGUACCAAAGUGCCUUCAACUCCCCCUCAACCAAGUACAAUAGUGCCUACAACUCCCCCUCAACGAAGCACCAAAGUGCCUUCAACUCCCCCUCAACCAAGUACAAUAGUGCCUACAACUCCCCCUCAACCAAGUUCCAAAGUGCUUUCAACACCCCCUCAACCAAGUACAAAAGUGCCUUCAACUCCCCCUCAACCAAGUACCAUAGUGCCUUCAACUCCCCCUCAACCAAGUACAAUAGUACCUUCAACUCCCCCUCAACCAAGUACAAAAGUGCCUACAACUCCCCCUCAACCAAGUACCAAAAUGCCUUCAACUACCCCUCAACCAAGUACAAUAGUGCCUCCGACUUCCCCUCAACCAAGUUCAAUAGUUCCUUCAACUCCCCCUCAACCAAGUUCAAUAUUGCCUUCAACUCCCCCUCAACCAAGUACCAAAGUGCCUUCAACUCCUCCUCAACCAAGUACAAUAGUGCCUACAACUCCCCCUCAACCAAGUACCAAGGUGCCUUCAACUCCCCCUCAACCAAGUACAAUAGUGCCUUCAACUCCCCCUCAACCAAGUACCAAAGUGCCUUCAACUCCCCCUCAACCAAGUACAAUAGUGCCUUCAACUCCCCCUCAACCAAGUACAAUAGUGCCUACAACUCCCCCUCAACCAAGUACCAAAGUGCCUUCAACUCCCCCUCAACCAAGUACAAUAGUGCCUUCAACUCCCCCUCAACCAAGUACAAUAGUGCCUUCAACUCCUCCACAACCAAGUACGAUAUUGCGUUCAACUUCCCAUCAACCAAGUACCGAAGUGCCUUCAACUCCCCCUCAACCAAGUACAAUAGUGCCUACAACUCCCCCUCAACCAAGUACCAUAGUGCCUUCAACAUCUGCACCCAGCACAAUAGUGCUUUCAACACCACCUCAACCAAGUACAAUAGUACCUUCAACACCUGUGCCAAGUACAAUAGUGCCUUCAACACCUGAACCUAGUACAAUAGUGCCUCCAACACCUGAAUCUAGUACAAAAGUACUUUCAACACUUGCACCAAGUACCAUAGUGCCUUCAACGCCUGAGCCAAGUACCAUAGUGCCUUCAACACCUAAACCUAGUACAACAGUACCUACUACUACAAUUACUAGCACAACAGUACCUACUUCUACAAUUACCAGCACAACAGUACCAACAACAACAACAGUGCUGCCUUCAACCAGAGAUCCAAGAAUUGAUCAGUGUAAAAGGACCUGUAGUAAAAUGUACAGUGUCUACAAAAAGAUGAUUGAAUUCAACACCACAUUUGGUAACCAACUUACUAAAUUCAAAAGUGAACCAGAGAUUAGCACAAUCGUUCAGAAAAAACUGGCACGUUACAAAGCAAGACUUGCAAGCCCAGAAGAGAAAAGAAAACGAGCCAUCUUGAGUCAUCCUAGUUUUCGGUUCAACAUGGAUUUAAAUGUAAUGCAUUCUGUAAAAAGAGAACUUGAACUCCAAAAAAGGGCACCAACAGAUAGAGAACAGAAUUGUUUGGAUUUAUGCAAUAAAGCUCCAGGUGUUGCUGUCAAAUUCUGUGAGUUCAGUAAUGAAGUGGUUGUCUUAGAUAGAUCCCUAAUGAGAGUCCCAUACAUUGAUAGGGUUGUCAAUAAAAGAAUUAAUAAACUUGAAAAACUUGGUUUGGUCAAUAAGAAACUUGAAGAAGGUGAGGAAAAAAGAUCUAUUGACGUUGAGGAAAAAUUUAUUGACAUUGAUACAGAAUCAAAUGAUAUUGUUGAGAAAUCAAGUGACCUUAAUGAAAGAUCUAUUGACACAAAAGAGAGCUCUUUAGAUACACCUGAUCUCACCAAAGUAGGUGAUGGACAGAAAUCUAGUGAUCCAGAAGGCUAUAUUGAACAUGUCACCCAUCAUCCAAACAGUCUAAAUGAUGAAGUGGAUGGAGAACGAGACUGUCGACGCUGGUGCUCCAAAAUCGUGAAUUUGGCACUACAGCUUCAUAUCUUCAAAAAAUCCUUCUUGCAAGCUACAAACCGUCUAAAACGAGAUCCCUUAAUACGAGAUGUAGUUGACAAACGCUUGAACAAAAAGGGCAUUGAAGUUCUCGUAGAGAAAAGAGCAGAUAGUGAUGAAAGCUCGUGUGAUGAACUCUGUCCAAAAGUCCAAUCAAAGACUGUCAAAUUAUGUGUUUUUGAAGAGAGUUUGGUAAAAAUCAUAAAGAAGACAAGACGAUUGCCAUAUAUUAAUGAAUUGGCAGUGAAAAAGGAACAAAGGGAGAGGAAACAGCGCAUAAAGGACCUGACUCUUGAUGAAUAGAUGGAAAUCUCAAUACGUGGACAUUUUCAAAAUUUGUGUUAAGUACAUGCAUGGAAUCUUUUAAACCAGUAUUUUUAUGAAUUUCACCUUUUAACUGCCAAUCAUUUCCCUCUUGCUCAAAGAGCAUCAAAAUAUUUACCAUUCUACUUUGAUUGAAAUGAUCUCAAUUAGAAAUAUCACAAUGGACAUCAAAUAUGAACCAACAAUGUUUUGAAUUGUACUGAUUUAUUGCAUUGGAAACUUCGCUGGUAUGGAUGUAAAAAUAACAAGCAACCAUUGAGUAGAUUUCAGACAAAAAUUAUAACAUACAUGAUUGUGUAAUGCAACUACUUGAAAUAUUUAAGACAGGCACACAUGAACGACAUAGCAAAUUUGUCAAUGUGAAAGAUCUAAUGUAUUUUUUCCAGGUCUGGAUAAAAUCUUCUCCAUAUCCAAACACAGAUGCAGUAUUCUAUUAUAUCAUAAGGAGAUGGUGCAGGCCCGUAGCCAGCUUUUGACAGGGAGAGUUCACUUUUCUAAAAAUACUACGGGGUUCACAGUUCAAAUUUCGGCCAAAAUAACUUGAAAAAUGUACAGAAUGGUGAAAAACUACAAUGGAUGGGUAUUGAUAUGGUGAACUGAAUUCAACAAUGUUUUUCUCUUAAACCAAUUAUUGAAAACCUUCUGUUAAAAAACAUGGUCCUUUAUGUAAUGUUGACUGAAUGACAACAAUUUAAUGCGAAAAUUAUUUAUUUAUAUUUUAUAUAACUGUUUUUGUUAACAUUUUUUUUUUCGUGCAAUUGUUUUUUGUUCCUUUCUACCAAUUCUUCAGAAUGAAAUAAAAUGUCUUUCCAAACCUUGUUCGAACAAAUUGGCAUAUUCAACAUUUUCUUAAACCUUUCAAUAUUCUAGAUAUACAAAGGAAAUUUUGGUUGAUUUCACAAAAAGUAUUCAAAAGAUUUAAACAAAUUCCCCAAAAUAGAUAGAAAUUAAGAUAAACCUUUUAUUUCAUUAACAAGAUUUUUUUUAAAGCAACCAAACUUUCCUUUGUACAAUUACAAUAUUGUUGUUUUGUUCCAAUGAGCUUCGGAUAGAUGUUUCAUUUCAUUCCGAACAUAUGAUAUCAAGAACAAAAGAAGUGUCUGAUGUGUUUUCUAAAACAAUAUAGAGAAAAGUAUAUGUAUUUUUUUCAAACUCAAUUGUUACCAUUCAAAAGAUGACCAUUAAAUUGACGAUGUGUAAAAUUUUCAGAAUUUUUUGAUGAGUGGUUUAAGAGAAACUUGUGUUCAAAAAGUACACAAUAUUGAUACUCAUCCUUUGGUCAGGAUCUGGCUAAAGGCCUGGGGUUCUACCAUAAAUUAAAUGCAUACCACCCAACCUUCUGUUAUUCAAUUCCAUGAAAAAGAAGAAAACUGCAAACUAGAAUCAUAUCGUAACAUCAACUACAUAGUAAGUGGUCACCCAGAAGCAGACAGUAUGUUGUGUUCCAUACAGAAAUUUAUUGAAUAUUUUCAUUUCCAAUUCCAGAUUUCAGGUUUUGGAAGAAAUAUUUUUUGUUUGAGGUUUAAUCAAAGAAAAGUCUCUAUGUUUUAGUAGAGUUUGUUUUUUGUUUCUACAUCACCGUGAGUGUGGCACCCUUUAGCAGUACACUCCUUAGCAGUGAAUCCCUUAGCAGUACAAAUUAUACACAUGUAUAAUAAUUAACUAGCUGAGAUUAUUUUUCCUUAGUUAGAGAGGAAAGUAAUGUCAAAAUUGGAAAAGGAUAUGGGAGUGAGCUUUUUGGAAAUUUCAGGCAAAGUGAAUGGGUGUAUCACAAUGUUUUUUGGAAUAGUUACUUUCAUUUGUAUCAAGAAGUCCAUUUGGAUUCAAUGUCACUUGUAUUCCACAGUUGAUCCAUUAUUUAUCUAUUAUGCGCCAACAGAUCUUUUGGGAGACAAUGUACUUCAGAUGUUAAAGAAUUCAUUGGUAAUUAGUUUACUGCACUUGUUAUAUGCAAUUUUAUAACCGCUAUAUAUAACUCUGAUGCUGCCUUUAAGUAAAUGUAUUACAGCUGGACAACUAGGUCAACUGUACAUGUACAUCCUUGGAAUUUUGCAAACCCUAUAUCUAUGAUUCUGCCUUUAAGUAAAUGUAUUAUUGCUUUUAGUAAAUGUAAUACUGCUGAUGGGUGCCACACAGAGGGCUGCCUUGUUUUGGAGAUCUGGGUGUAUAAAUCCAGCAGGUCUGAACUCAAACCUCAAAAACCUUGAGGGGGCUCCCCAUGGUGAAUCUCUCCUAUCUAUCCUUAUUUUGCCCCUGAAAAAGUCUUGAGCCACCUGGUCAUUUUAUUCCAUCCUGAGUCCCCUUCUUGUCCUUUAUACAGGUCUAAAUAUCAGAAGACAUUCUGGGUGAAAUAUCUCAUGUUAUAUUCUAUUUAUUUUAAUCAUAGCAGUGAUCUCCCUGGUAUAAGAGCAACCAAGUGCUGCUCAUAUUGAAAAGUUGAAAACUAUAGGCUAACAUGUUGAAAAUCUAUUAGCAUCAUGUCAGUUGAAAUUGUCAAGCCAAAUAUUUCUGUAAAUGAAGCACUUUCAUAAGUGUUACACUGUCCAGAGUCCCAUGGCCCACUUUAUAAUUCAGGGGUUUCAUUAGCACCAGGCAACAGGUGAUUUUCACUGGUUGUUUUCACAAAAUCGCCUGUUGUUUUCAGGGAUUUUUCAACUUUUAUGUUAAAUUCAUAAUUUCCAUUAAUUUUGCCUGUUUUUAACACUUUUUGAGAGCACAAAGAGACCUCUAAAGGUUUCUACUAACACAGGUUUUACUGUCUUGAGGUAAUUUGACCAAAACUGCUGAAUUCAGGACAUAGCACCCUGUCGAAAAAGACCUAUGGGAGAUCACCACAUUGAUGAAUGUACAAUGUAGAUUCCAAGUUGUAUGGUCUUUGUAGAUGUACUACAUGACUGUAUUUAUUUACAACUUUAGCUCACAUGGGUUUCAAAUCAUAGCAGGCAGCAACACUGGCAGAUGUACAUUUCAAUUCAGAAAAACAAGUUGAGCCCAAAUUAAAAAUAAGGCCCAAAAGGCCAAUUAAUGCUCAAAAGGCCUACAAAUUGAAGCCCUACAUUGAAGCCAUCUAAUGGGGGGCAUGGGGAUCUCCAAUGUGCAAUUUCCAUUUGAGGAAUUUUACAACCAUUUUCAUGUUAAAAUCAUUAUUUUGAAAAGCUUCGACAUUUUCAGAAUAUAAAGCUUUUGUACAAAUCAUUUGAUUGUCUAAGGUAUAUUCAUUCAGAUUUAAAAUCAUUUUUGCUUUAUACAAGAUAGAGAGUGAUAGCAAAAACAAUAAAACAGUUGAUGUUUUUUAUUAUGAUUACAAAAAAUUGUGCAUCCUCAUUUAAUACUCACAAUUUUCGACAAAUUUUUCAAAAUUCAAUAAUGUACUGAAAUACUUAACAUACCACCAUAAUCAACAUGUAAUGACACUCCAUGAUAAUGCACAGAAUUUUGUUGGAGGUGGGAUGUAGAUUUUUAAACUGCAUGUGCAAAAUAUAGGUUAUACAAGAUCCAUUCAUGCAUUUUACAGAGAUAAUAUUUAUACAUGUAUGUUAUUUUAAAUAUGUUAUAUGAUGACGUGUACAAACUUGAGAAGUUUGUAUGAAUAAAGUUAACUAGUAUGCAUUUCAAAUGUGGUUUAUAGUUAUUUUUAAUGACAGAGCCUUAAAGUAGAAGCACUGAGAGCA